AUGGCGGCUGUGACAAAGACGCCACCUGUAGCAACAAUAAUGGCAGCUUCGCCUGUACCUGCCUGCCUGGACAUCAAUGAAUGCGCUAUCAACAAUGGCGGCUGUGACAACGACGCCACCUGUACCAACAAUAAUGGCAGCUUCACCUGUACCUGCCUGCCUGGGUACGCUGGGGACGGGUUUGUGUGUGAAGACAUCAACGAGUGUGCUGUAGACCAUGGUGGCUGUUCUGCUGAUGCUGACUGUACUAACACACCUGGGAACUUUACUUGUACCUGUCAUCCUGGCUUUACUGGGGACGGAGUGUGGUGUGAAGAUAUCAAUGAAUGUCUGUUUAAUGGCACCUGUGAUGUGUUUGCUGAAUGUAAUAACACUGCUGGAAAUUUUUCCUGUUCUUGCCUGGAAGGGUUUUCUGGGGAUGGAUUCUUCUGUGAAGAUAUAAAUGAGUGUUCAGUGGAUGAUGGUGGGUGUGACGAGAACGCCGUGUGCACCAACAGCAUUGGCAGCUUUACCUGUACCUGUAACAUGUUCUACAGCGGGGAUGGAUUUUCCUGCAUGGACAUCAGUCAGUGUUACCGUGGCAACACCCCAUGUGACAGUAAUGCUAUGUGCGUCGACACUGGUGACGAGUUAACCUGCUCCUGUAAUAUUGGUUACAAUGGUGACGGCUAUGAUUGCACAGAUGUAGAUGAAUGUGCAGUCAAUGAUGGUGGUUGUGAUAGCAGUGCCACAUGUACAAAUACGGUAGGCAGUUUUGUCUGCACGUGUAACACUGGGUACACUGGAGACGGGUUCACUUGUCAAGACAUCAAUGAAUGCCUGACAGACAAUGGUGGCUGUCACCAACAUGCACUGUGUACCAAUACACUGGCCAGUUUCACUUGUACAUGUCUGAACGGCUUUCUCGGGGACGGAUACAGUUGUGUAGACGUUGAUGAGUGCAUCAGUUACAAUGACAGCUGUGAUCCAAAUGCCAACUGUACCAACAGCAUAGGGAACUUUACCUGUACUUGUAACUCUGGUUACACAGGGAACGGAUACACCUGUGAAGACAUCAAUGAGUGUCUUGUGGACAAUGACGGCUGUGACGUACACGCCACCUGUACCAACACAGUGGGGAACUUCUCCUGUGGAUGUAACUAUGGUUACACUGGAGACGGAGUCACAUGUGUGGAUUUCUGUGACGAGCUGUCCUAUGUAAACAUCAGUGACAGUUGGCGGAGUGUCACCCUGGGUGCAGGGGUCACCUCUCACUGUGACAGUGGUGACUGGGUGACACAGUGGUACCGUAUUGUACCCCCUGCAGGCACCAAACUGGCCACUACUUGUCCCCCGGUAAAUCACUGUGGGUCAUCGUACCCCGCCUGGUACAGUGGGACGGAGCCUGCCUCCCCUGGGGAGGAAAACAUCGGCCAAGGGUGCACUCACAUUGUCCAGUGUUGUCAGUUUCCCGUCACCGUGACUGUGCGUAACUGUGGGCCGUACUUUAUCUAUAACCUGCCCAAUCCGCCAUCUUGUAACAUCACCUACUGUACUAACGUCUAGGUGUGAUGCAAAACCCGAUCUGUAACCUGCUCGAUCCACCAUCUUGUAAUAUCACCUACUGCAUGUACGGACGUCUAGGUGUGACAUCAUGAAGUUGCGACAUCAUCACAUUUUGAUAUCAUGGUGUGAUGUCACUUGACUUGUGAUGUCAUAGCUAUGAUGUCAUCAUUCUUGUGAGGUCAAUAACAUGAGACACUAUUGUGGUACAAUUUGUUAAUUGUUAUUUUUGAUCAUCUGUUGAAAUUAAUGUAUUUAAAAUUGUUUUGCUUUCAAUUGUAAGUGCAGCUGUAGCACAAUGUAUUCAAUUAGAAGAAAGAGUUAUUUUCAAGUGAAGAGUUUUAUCAUUUUACCAGUGUUACUAGAUUAUGAUGUCAAACUAUUUUUGUAGUUGAUAAAAGAUUUGUUAUAUUGAACUGUCAGACCUCCUGGAUUGGAAACUAGAACACUUGUUUGUAAACUUCAAUUAUUGACCCAAAUUGUUCUUCAAUAAAGUUUUGAUAUUAAACUUGUUUCUGUACUAAUAUAGACAUACCCAUUUUAUUCUUUGCACUUAAACUUUUAAGUUCUCAUCUUUUCUGUAGCAUUCAUCAGGUCAACGCCUACCGGUCAGUGUCACCAUGGUUACAGAAGCAGAAGAAAGCAAACGA